CGUCAGUGUGCCGCGCGCCUCGUUACGAAUCGGACUGUUUCUCGCUCGGAUCGAUCUCUCGAAACGGUCGUUUCUCCGCAUUCUUCGCAGCGAGCGCGAAAGCCAAUCGCGCCAGCGAACGCACCAAAGGACGCGUCAGCGGACAAUUAACAUAAUAAAAAGGACUGUGUUGUUUGAAGAGGAACACAGUUUCGCGACAGUUCCGCACAGCAUCCUCGGAGGGCUGGUUCGCGCGGUAGCGUACAAUUGCUCUUUUGCCACUCGUCUUUUCCCAUUCCUCGGUGAAAUUCGAGUCGCUGCCCUUCAUUCCUCUCUUUCUUUCUUUCUUUCCCCAUCCGAACGUACGUGUAUCUGCUGUCAGUCUCUCCCUUCACCGCCCUCGCCACUAUCCGUUUUCGCCUUGUGCUCUGUCCUUCUCUUUCGUUCCUCAUUCGCCGCCACCGCCACCGCCACCGCCGCCGCCGCCGCCGCCGUCGCCGCCGCGCGAGCGUGCGAGAGCGCUCGUCGUUUUUCCGUCGCGUUCCGUCCCCGUCUCCAGGUCGACGAGUGCACCACCCAGCGAGCGCAAGGAACUCCGGAGCACACACGCUCCGCUUCUCCACGGCGCGAAUUUGCCGCCAGGGAAUCUCUCUUUUCGCGAGACCAGAGGCCGACGAGAGCGAAUUCUCCUCGUCGUCGACGACGCAGAUAUGGCGCGCGAAAAGGAACGGUGGUGCUCCUUGAACGGUGUGAGCGCGCGGCGAAGGCCUCCGCGGGUCCCGCUGCUGCUCGUCCUGUGCACGCUCCUGGUCGGAUCCUUGGCAGUCGCCGCCGAGACCGGCGACUCGUAUUACCAUUACGCCGUGUACAAGGGCAGGUCGCCGAUCGAUUCUCGAUCGUCCAACAUCGAACUGAUCGAUGAGGAUACGCACCUCACGAGGAGACGGCGGGCGACGCCCGACAAAGUUGUGUCGACCGAGCAGAAGGAUGAACCCAAGGACCCGGCGCAACAGUCGCAGCAGCCACAACAGCCACAGCAGCCACAGUUGCCGCUAUCUUCGGCACAGUCCCCACAGCCGUCGCAGCCACAGCCGCCGCACCCACAGCCGUCGCAGCCGCAGCAACAGCAACAGCAGGAACAGAAGCCGCAACAACAGCAGCAACUGCCGGCACAGCCGUCGGUGAGCACGACGACCUCGCCCGGAGACGUUACUUAUCCCCGUGACGCUUCCUCCACUCUACCUCCUUCUGAUACCUUGGAUCCCAAGAAGAAGGUGACGGUGUCGCAGCCGAUGAACCCCGCAGCCGAUGAUGCGCCAUCACCGACACCGCACAUCUGGGCUAAUCGUACGAGAUGGAGCAACACGACGAGCGGCAAGGAUUGGCAACGUGAUGACAGUAAAAAUCAAACGAAGGUGACGGAACUGACAGCCGUGAAGGAAGAUGACAAAACGGAGGACGACAAAACGGAGGACGACAAAACGGAGAGCGAAAUCAGCGAUAUUUCGAUCAACAAGUUCUCCGACGUGACUAAUACCACGCUCUCGCAGAACAACAUCACCAAGACGGUCUACGAUACGCACCAGUAUUAUAAUAGCACCUUCAUCAUCGACACCGACAUCUGCAAGAAGUAUUGGGUGGAUAUGGAUAAUCAUCCGGAGCUUAAAGUCAACCACCUUCUCAGUCAAAGCCAUCGACGCGCCGCGACUGUCAAACUGAAGUUCGACUUUCCUUUUUACGGACAUAAAGUCCGUAACAUCACUAUCGCCACCGGUGGUUUCCUGUAUACUGGCGAGUACGUGCAUAGCUGGCUGGCAGCCACUCAAUACAUCGCACCGCUCAUGGCGAAUUUCGAUACCCGCCUGUCGAACGCCAGCUACGUCAAAUACGCUGACAAUGGCACCGCGUUUACGGUCGAGUGGGAGAAGGUGAAGCUGCAGGACAAACCAGGGUCCGGCGCGUUCACUUUCCAGGUGACCUUGCAUCAGAACGGCGACAUCGUGUUCGUCUACUCGGUCAUACCUCUGGUGGUCGAACAGAUCGAGGACAGGAUGCAUCCUGUCAAGGUUGGCCUGAGCGACGCCUACAUCAUGGACAGGACAGUAUUCUUUGUCCGGCGGAAAACCAUCUACGAGUACCACCGCGUGAACUUCAAUCGACAGGACAUAAUGAACUGCACGGUCAUCUACCUGAAAGCCUUGCCCACUUGCCUCGACAUAGACAACUGUCACGACUGUCUGACGAAAGUGCACGAAUUCGACUGCAAGUGGUGCCCGGAACUGAAUCAAUGCAGCACCGGCACUUUUCGAUCGCGGCAAGACUGGGUGCUGAAGGGUUGCGACGUGCGCAAUAUCAAAGAAUCGGCGAACUGCCCUUCGAACGUCAAGAUAUAUAAAGGCGAGGAAUACGACCACGAUGGUCACGUACAUCCUGAGGAAACGAUCACCGCCAAUGAGAUGAGCGCGAAGCAGGAGAGACCUGAUACGAGCGCCUUGGAAAGUUCUGCUCGCGACAACAUGAAUAUGAGCGUUUCUGGAAUAAUCGGAAUCCUCACCGUCGUUGCUUUAGCGGUGGGCCUCGUAGGUUGGGGUGCGUAUGCUUAUCGCAAUCCUCACAGUGCAUCAGGACAAAUGUUGAUAAGGUACCGUCCGAGUCAAUGGAGCUGGCGAAGAGGUGAGGCCCGUUACACAGCCGCGACCAUCCACAUGUGAUGAGGUGUCAACGGGGAUCAAGUCACAGUCAAUAACGAAACUGUCGGACCAAACUUCCUAUUAACUGUACAGUGUAUCGAGUCUGCGAGAUGAAAACAGGCCCCGAACACAUUUGCUCGGGACGCCGCGCUGUUCGUCAGGUUUACAUUCAAUUAUGUAAUUACGGAUAAUCAUCUUCUUACAGCGAUUACACAGCGCGAUGUAGCGGAAGCGAACUGACCGAAGUGGCAAGCGAACAUGUGUAGCGUUUUUAGACAAUUUGACGGAAAUGUUAUCGCGGUGUAUCUCAAUACUUCCCGCGAUCGAACGCCAUUGACAACAAUAUCGGGAACAAGAACAGGACUGAUUCAAAGGGAAUUUUUAACGAGGGCUAAUCGAGAGAGAAAGAGAGAGAGAGGGAGAAAUUGCGACUAAUCGAAAAACGAACACGGAAAAAAGAUUUGCUGCAGCAGCAAACUAAUUUGCUAUAUAUGGAUAGUUAAUAUAGAUAAUUUGCUGUGCUACUUUUUCUUUGUUGCAGGAACCUAUUUUCUUGCUAUGAUAACAAGAAAAUUUGCCUAUACAGCAAGAAAAGUGGCUAACUCAGCAAAUUUAUUACAGAUGGAUAACUAAACAAAAUUUACUGCUUUAGCUACUUUUUUUGUUGCAGGAGCAGAUUUUCUUGUUAUCUUAGCAAGAAAAUUGGUUCCUGCAGCAAAAUAAUGUGGCUAACACAGCAAAUUAUGUUUAGUUGUCCAUAUCUUUUUUCCGUGAAGCUACCCGGCGGAAAAUCCGCGAAAGUUUUAUACACAUCAACUUUGCGAAGCUUCGGACCGAUUAAUCGUUGCGCGUCAAGGUACGCGCGACAAGAUCGCCGUUGAUGUGGAUUUCACGACGAGGACUGAGCAACGACAUAAAUGUCGCGAUCAUAUAAAAAGAAGUUCACGAGCUUUCUGCGAGACAACGUUUCGCACGACGUUUUGUUGCGCGAGUCGCAUGGAUCAUUCGCGUUCGCGACAGAAACGUCCUUAACACGUUUACGACCAGAGUUCAUUUGGGAAACUCUUCCCAUGGACCACCUCAUAUUUUUCUCUUAAUGUAAUUAUAUGUAGGACAGGCUUAGUUUUGUUUAUAUGUGUAGACACAGGAGAAAAAAUGAGCGCUGUCACACACGUGUGACACUGGUAGCAGACGUGUUAAAAUAUUGUCGAUGACUCAAAUCGCGACGAUAGGAACGAUCGGUAUCGUAGUGCCGACUGUUGGGCGACCCGACUAAGAGGAAAUGUUUACGAUGGUUUCUCGUCGAGGGCGAUCGUAAUAUCGAAGCACGGAUGACGCCCGUACGCGUCGAGCAUUUAUGUGAUUCUCAGCAGCGUGCGACAUACUUUGUUAUUGUUUAAGAAAUCCGUUUUCUCUUUUAAUCGCAACAACUUUACUACUGUUUCGUGUAUGCAAUGUUCACAGUGAGAAGAGCAAGGAAAAAGAAGGGGAAACACGAGCGAAGAAACGAAUUGACAUAUAAACUGAAUGUUUCAAGUUCCAAUCUAGCGUGCUGAAGCUACAGUUCGUCGAGCUCUUUGAGCAGUUGUGCGAUAGGAAGGGAGGAGAAAUCAUUCUGAAGUAUCCGUCAAUUUAGCCUACGUAAAAUUCGUCCUGGAAUCGUUCGGACUAUUGUCGUUACAUUCCAAAGAACACGUUCUCGAGAAUGAAUUACGCAACCACGUGCGAGCUGCAGCUUCAGCGUUUUGUAUCACAGAGACACACACAUACACAGACAUAUACAAAAACAUAUCUAUAAAUAGAUACAUAUAAAUGAUUAUAUAUAACGACUAUAUACAAAUAUAUUUUACGACGAGAUUUUUUGGAAGAUCACACAAGCAGCUUAUAAUACAUAUAAAAUUAAAAGAAAACAAGCGAAAAUAAAAAAAAAAUGAAAGAAAGAACCAGAAAGAGCAAGAGGAAUUAUAAAAAUUUGUUAGCAUCUACAUGGUAAUAUUAGGUCAUGAGUGUAUAUAGUAGUCUUAUGAGAAGCAAUAUAAUUUUUAUCUAAUUGUAAAUGUAUAAUUCAAUGUCAAAACGGUGCCUUCUUUGUAAACCUCUGGGUAUGAUGAUAUAUCGACAUGCAGCAAAAGAAACGACGAAGGGUUUGAGGGGAAAUCUCACUGUUCUUGAACGAGAGGUUUUUGGAGAGAUUGAUCCUCCUACCAUAGGGAAAUAGUUCGAGGGAAAUGCAAUUGUAAAAAGAAUCUUAAUUGUCCGUUUGUUAGAUGUUCGUAGCUUAGAGUGCAUGAACUCGUCACGCUAAAACUCGCGAUUAGCUUAAUCGCGCGACGAGUCAACGGAGGGGACGGAAGAGUGAAUUACCGUCAAACUUGCGAACAGCUUUUCUUACAUUACUGUGUACGAUGUAACUCAUAGUUUGUGAUAAUAAAUAUUAUAAUUAUUAUAGUA